AUGGCGUCGGUGGAAGGGACGCGGCGCUUUCUGCAACGUGCCGCGGGGCGUCAGGCCCUUCAUGCUGCCAAUGCACGGCAGCUGGGACCCUUCGCGUGCACUGCGGUGGGCUUCGGAGCUUACCGACUAGAGUCGGAGGCACAAGUACCAGCUCUGCGACAAGCCCUCAAAGUGAUGAACGUGGUGGACACCUCAAGCCACUACGCCUCCGGCCUUUCCGAGCGUCUCGUGGGCCGUGUACUUCGUGAGGCUGAGGAGUCGAGGGAACUCAGCCGAGAGGAGGUCGUCGUUUGCACGAAGGUGGGCCACGUGAGUAAAGGUCAAGAUCCUCCCAAGGGAGCUGUUCCCGUUGGGGCCCACAAAGGCGAGGGUGGCGCCCAGGACGACUGGCACUGCAUUUCGCCUCCUUUCGUCUCCGAGGAGGUCCGAGCCUGCAAGGAGCGGCUUGGGACGAGCCCGGACUUCGUGCUGCUGCACAAUCCGGAGUAUCUGCUGGCGGCCCGACUUCAGCAGCAGGCGCCCAUUGCGGACGCUUGGGACGAGAUGUACCAGGCACUUUUCGAGUCCUUCAAGGCUUUGGAAAUGCUGUGCAGCGAGGGCAUCAUUGCCGGUGGCUACGGAGUCAGCAGCAACUUCCUCUCCUGCAUGUUUUCCGUGACUGGGAGGGCCAAUCUCUACGAAGCUCUCGUUCUGGAUCGGGUGGCAGAUGCAGCAGCUGCCGCAGCGGCUGAUGUGGGAGUGGACUGCCAUUUCAAGCUGGCUCAGCUUCCUCUGAACGCUUUCGAGGGCGGCGCCGUGCUUGGUCGAGGUAAAGCUGUAGAGGCAGAGCGAGAUUGCGAUUUGGCUACGCGGCUCGGGAUUUCUCUCGUGACGAACCGACCGUUGAACGCGUUGCCGAUGCCCGGAGUUUCUACUGGCGACUGGGGCCGUGGGGGCGCCUCGCAUCUCCAGCUGCGAGAGGCGAAGCCGAUGGGCACAAUGGCAUCGCUCCUGAAGCAACUGGGCAAGUCUUUGGAAACAAACCGAUGUUCAUGUGCUGUUGUUGCUCAGUCACUGCCAUGGCAGAACCUCGUAGGCAGGUAUUCAAGGCCUCCCCAACAUCAACGGGCACCUCGGGAUCGAUCAAGUUGCAGAAACUAG